GUUUGAGAAAGUCCAAGACAGCGUGUGUUUUAAAGAACUCGAGGGCCAUGGAAGACAAGCCAUCCAUCCAUCGCGAGAGGAAAGAGACAAAGCAUCGACUGAAUUUGCUGGACAAGAUGAUCCAUCAAUCCUUGAAACCUGCUACCCUCACAAGAUGCCUGGACCAAGACAGCCCUGCAAGCCGGCCACCGCGCAAUGGACGACUCAAUCGAACUUACCUCCCUCUUCACCUACUCAUGAUGCCGAUGAUUUGGUUUUUUGUAGCCAGCGGUGUCCGAGCCACCGGCUCCGAUCGAUCAGGCUCUUCUAGCUUCAACUCGACUCACGAGCGUCACCCUGCUUAUCUACUCACUGGAACCAAUGGUGUCGUUGCUAGCGAGGAGAUUCGCUGUUCGACAAUUGGCAUCGAUGUUUUGAAAGACAAUGGGACUGCAACCGAUGCAGCCAUAGCUACCGCACUUUGUGUUGGUGUUGUCAACUCGUUCUCCUCUGGGAUCGGCGGCGGAGGAUUCAUGAUCAUCAAGCCACCAACUGGAUGCAAGCACAAGCCUUGUUCGGUGCAAGCUCCAAUGACCAUCAACUUCAGAGAGACCAUGCCCAAUGGUGAAUUCUUCAUGGAGGCUGCCCUGAAGAGCUCCUCGAGCAGGGUCGGGGGUCUUUCGAUCGGAAUCCCUGGUGAACUGGCUGGUUUUGAAGCCGCUUAUCGACGCUUUGGUGGCGGAGUCACUUGGAAAAGGAUCUUCCAACCUUCGAUCGAUCUGGCCAGGAACUUCUCAGUCGGGUCCGCCCUGUCUUCCAAGCUUUCCACUCCGAACGCAGACUGGAUGAGAACUAAGCGAGAAUGGCAGACCAUCUUCCAGCCUGUAAAUCACUCCCAACCAUCCCGACAAGGGCAAUGGAUCCAAAGACCCCACUACGCCAGGACGCUUGAGACCAUAGCCGAAAAGGGCAUUCAUCCAUUUUAUCAUGGAGAUAUCGCCAAACAGCUCGUCGAAACCAUCAAUCGAGAGGGUGGUAAAGUCAGUUUGAAGGACUUCCAAGCGUAUGAGCCCGUCGUCGAACAAGCCAUUAACACAACCUACCACGGGUAUAACAUUUGGACCACUGGGCCGCCCUCAUCGGGUGGGAUCCUAUUGCAUGUCCUGAACAUCCUCGAGCGCUAUUCGCUACACCGUCAUACUCGAAGCCCAUUAGCCGAACAUCGGUUUGUCGAAUCACUCAAGUACGCUGCGGCAGCUCGGACAGAACUGGGGGAUCCGAGCUUCCUGGGCUCGGCUCAGCUAACCCGAAUCAAACAGAUCAAGUCGAAAGCCUAUGGCCUCGAGACCUCGCUGAAAAUCGACGACAACCGAACGUAUGAGUAUUCGCACUAUCAUCCCAAGUACGAUACCGUAGAGGAUCACGGGACGACCCAUCUGAGCGUCAUCGAUCGCUUCGGCUCCGCCGUCUCACUCACUUCGACCAUCAAUCUCUACUUCGGCGCGAAGGUCAUGGACCCGCACAAUGGGAUCAUCCUGAACAACCAGAACGACGACUUCAGCCUACCCGGUCAAUCGAAUGCCUUCGAGCUCUUCUCCUCUCCAUUGAACCAUCCAGCCACCGGCAAACGUCCCGUCAGCUCGAUGUCCCCCAUCAUCGUCGAUUACCUGCAUCCGCAACCCAAUCAGCAACCCGAAUUCUUUUGUGCCCUGGGCGCUAGUGGUGGUAGUCGUAUCUUUGGCGCCGUCGCUGGUACUCUCUUGAAAUUACUUUGGGGAUACGACCUUUCACAUGCGAUCGAAGACCCCCGAGUGCAUCAUCAACUACGACCCAAUGAGGCUUCAAUUGAAACCACCUACCGAUCCGAUUUUAUCGACGGCUUAAGGUCCAGAGGACACAACAUCUCGAUGGUUGAGAUCACGGAGGCCAUGUCAGUCGUCAAUGGGAUCCAUAAGAGAAUCUCCGACGAUCUCUUGUUUGGGUCUAGUGACAGUCGCAAGGGCGGCGUCCCUGCCGCUUACUAAUUCUCCACUCUCUCUUAAACCCUUAUGCCUUUAAAGCCAUUGGACAUGUGUGUACAUAGACUGAUUGCUGUUUCUCCUUAAUUUUUAUUGUUGUUUCUACUGUUGUCUUAAAUCGAUAUUCGGGAAAUAGGUUUUUAACCAGA